UCCGGACUAUAAAUUCCCAAUCCCGAAAAAUUAAAAGUGAGUGUUUGGCUAGAUAGAAAAUUUACAGAGGAAGAAAGAGAAAUGGUUGGUAUGUUGUGAUUUGCAUUUUCCCUGUAAUUUUCCUACCAAACAUGGAAAAGAAGGGAGAGGGGAAUGGUAGCGGCAACGGAAAAGACGGGAUGGGGUCGGAUCAGGAGAAGAAAAUUGAGGAGUUCUUUGCGCUGAUCAGAAGCUACCGAGAGGCUUGGAAUCGGCGGAAGAGUGAACUAAAUGGAGAAUCGAAAUCGGAAGAGAGCGAAGCGGCGACGGUAAGGAAGAGGAAGACGAGGAGCGCGAGCGAGGAGCGGCCGCGGUGGGUACCGUCGCUCGAGUGGGAAGAUUUCACGACAAAGGUUGAGUUUAGAUCUCAGUCCCAUCCUCCGGUUCUGGCGAGAAGUGCUCCCGAUUCUAAGAAGAAAAAGGAGGAGGAGAAAGAAGAGGAUGCCGAAGGAGAAGGCCUAGAUCUGAAACUCACUCUCUGAAUUUUGAAUUCCUAUGGUGUGCUGAUGGUGGUUGCUUUUUUCUUUGAUUUUGAUUUUUUAUUUCGGUGUAUAUGAGAGUAAAGAUCCGAACAAGGAAAAUGUUUCUCUGGAUGAUUGUUCAUAAGUUUUGUUUUGUUCUCGCUGUUAAUUUAUUCAACUUUUCAGAUAAA